AGAGUGAGAGAGAGAGAGCAUAGCUGGAUUGGCCAUAAGGCAUAUAGGGCAUUUGCCCGGUGGACUGCUGAUGAUUUUGGCCUAGCCCUUCCCUCAAUUUAGUGGUAUGCCUACCAGUCCUCAUGCCACUACAGCUGACCUGUCUGAGUCAGAUUUAAAUAUUCAUUUUUCCUGUUGUGGUCAAAAUAAAUGACUAAAAACAUUGUCGCAGGCUUCAAUACCUCUUUCAAUGCCUGGUCUUGGCUGAAAAUGCCCGGCCUGAUUUUUUGUCCCAGUCCAUUCCUGAGAGAGAGAAGGAUCAAAGGAGCCAUAGUGACAUUCCAGUGACGCGACAGCCACACAGCCACCGCGCUUUCCAGCAGAGGUGACAAGUUAUGUCCUUUGAAAAGGACAGACUGUGUCAUGUUUUUCACACUGGUAUAAAGUCUCCCGGCUGUCAAACCCCCCCACCCUCCGUUCCCUUCGGAUGAGGUGCUGUUGGCGGCACUCGGGCUGGCAGUAGCCCCAUGCGCUGCAUACUCCAUUCGCCCCAAGGGAGGACUACAAUGUUCUUAAAUGGAAUCUUUCGUAAAUGGUGAUCAAGGCUUCCAAAGUAGGCUGCGCCUUGAUUGGCAGCAAUACAGCUAUCCAUUGGUUGGUUGGUUGGUUGGUCGGUCGUGCCGUGCCAUCCAUCCAUCGCGACCCGUUGCCACCAUCAUCGGGAACACUUCCAGCCACGUGUGGUGGUCAAACUCCCCUACUGCUCCACCAUCUCAGUCAUCCUCAGUCAUCGCGUCCCCUGUCAAUGAGAAAGACUAUACGCCGUACAGCCGAGUGUAGCGUACACAUGCCCUGGACUGGACUGCACCGCAGGCACUAAAUUAGGUAACCCGACAAGCCCCCAACCGUGAGUAAAAAGACACACCUGUUCCCAGGCCGUCAGACGUCAAACGGAGCCAGCAGACAUGACAUGACAGCGCGUAUACAGUGGCCGUGACUCAAUAAACAACACAGGGGGAGAGAGAAACUUCAUUGAUUUGGCGGGCUAGUAAGCGGGACUGGGCAUCAUCGGGAGUGGUUGAGCGCUGCCAGCGAUGGCGGCUCCGAAAGGCCAGAGGAAGGAACACCUGACUGCGAAAGGGCAGAAGAAGGAGUAUAUGACUGUGAAAGACCUGCAGAAAUUGCUGGACUCGUGCACCCUAGAUCUGCACAUGAUUGAUGAAGUGUGGCCAAACUUGUACAUAGGAAAUGUAUCAAUCGCCCAAAACAAGACUGCCUUGCAGAACAUAGGCAUCACUCAUGUGCUAAAUGCGGCCCACACCAAGAGAGGCAGUAUAGGAGACCAAGGAUAUUACGGCAGCAACUUUGUGUACUGUGGUAUUCCAGCGGAAGACUCCACUCACUUCGACCUGGACGUGUACUUCCGACCCGCAGCCGACUUCAUCCAUAAAGCCUUGAAGACGCCUGAUGCCAAGAUUCUGGUGCACUGCAUCAUGGGAUUGAGCCGGUCCUCCACGCUGGUGUUGGCCUACCUGAUGCUCUACCAACGCCUGCCCCUGAACCGCGCACUCAAGAGGGUCAUCAAGAAGAGGGCCAUCUACCCCAACAGGAACUUCCUGGCCCUCCUCCUGGACCUCGACCUCCAGCUGAACAGGAAGCAGAGGACCUGCGUGCUGCUCUGAUUGGUCAAUCCCGCCUUACAUCUCUGUUCUCAUUGGUGGGUAACACUUUAGUUCAAGGUUCACAUGUCAGCCACUAAUACAUGUUUAACUGUCUGUGCAAAUGGCUUAUAAGACAAUUGUUAAGCACAAUCAAUCAUUUGUUAGCUGUGUGUUCAUUACAUUGUUGUUCUUUGCCAAUAGGGCCUCUAUUCAUAUCAUUUUAUUAGGGACAUAAUAGCCCCAUCAUUUUUCUUAACACGUAUUUUAUAAGUCGCUUAUAGAAAUAUUCAUUUGGCAUGUAUUAGUGGCUAUUAUGUGAACCUUCAAAUAAAGUGUUAGAGAUUAGGGCAGUGCUGAUGCUCUUGUGAGAUAGGCUACGCCAUUGCCCUGUGUUCCGAUGUGGCCGCCCGUGUUGCAAGAUGUCAAUGAUGUAUUUCCAGCCCAGAAAAUGCUAAAAAAAAAAAAACGCCUGGAGACACUAAAUCCCAUAGCCUGACAAGCCAGACUAAAUGUGAGAUUUAUGUGAAUAUUUAGUCUGGGCCUGAUCAAUGAGACAUCAGAAGAUUGUUGAUGGGCAGAGGCGCAUCUUGCCACCAGGCCAGGCAGGCAGCCGCUUGGGGCCCCCAAGUCCCUAGAUAGUGACCACACUUUACCACAGCCCACACUUUACCACAGUAGUGGCGAUUUUGGUUGAAAUGUUCAUUCUUUUGCAUUUUCGCUUGGGGCCCCACCUGACCCUAGAAUCGCCUCUGUUGAUGGGAACAACCCGUAUCUGUGUCUGUGCCUACUGGCCAAGGUUUUGUUGUCACUCCUUGAAAACCCUGUCCGCGUUGCAUCCAAAGAUUCAAAACAAAUCAAAUCAAGUCUGCUGCGUUGUAAUUGGCCAGCCAGUUCAGGGUCUGGGGCAUUAUCCAAGGCUAGACCCACUUGCAGGCAAAAAUAAUUCUGGCCACUGGCGGGUCGGGCUAGUUUACUAGGCUAUAAAUCCCACCCAAUUUGAAUCAAAUUCCCAGCGUUAGGGAGCCCUCGGGGGGCGUUGAGAAGGGGGCAGCUGAGAGGGGGCAGUGCCUGCAAUUGGAGUCUAUUUUAUUUUUACUACUAAGUGGGGCUUAUAAUGAGGUCAAAAAAAAGGUUGCGAACCACUGCGUUACAGAAUAAAUCCCCAGACGUGAAAAUGUCUGCCAGCAAAAAUGAAAAAAAGCAAAACUAAGUGCAAAGAAGUGGAAAAAAGCCCUUGAACUGGAAUGCAUUGAUUGAAAUGAUGAAAUAGCCGAUAGUUAGCGUUGUUAUGCUAAUUUCACUGUGAAUGGUUUAUGUUCUUUUGUUGUUGUUGUUGUUUUGGCUCAUCUUAUUUGUUGUAGUCUUUGUACAUUUUAAAUCUUCAUUUGUUUCAGUUGUACUUUGACUUAAUAGACGACAAGACGGCGAGAGCUACCACAAGGCAGACCGAUUGGUUCAUUGUGAACAGUUUAUGUUCUUUUGUUGUUGUUUUUGCUGUAUUUUGUUGUAGUCUUUGUGAAUUCUAAAUUUCAUUUGUUUAAGUUGUACUUUCAACCACCAAAAAGACAGGGCGAGUUACCACAGACCGAUUGGUUCAUUGUGUGGAAGAUUCUGAUUUGAUCUGGUGGGAUUGCAGCUGCAGUACAAGAAAUUGCAAAAGAUGUUCUGUGCUCAGGGAACAAACAUGUUGACAAUUAAGCAAAGUCAGUCAUGCAUAAUGUCUGGACACACACACACACACACACACACACACACACACACACACACACACACACACACACACACACACACACACACACACACACACACACACAGAGGCAAGCACACGCACGAACGCACGCACGCACACAUACACACACACACACACAAGCACGCACACGCACACACAUACACACACACAUACACACACAAGCAUGCACGUGCACACACACACACACACACACACACACACACACACACACACACACACACGCACACGCACACGCACACACAAACACACACACACACACACAAAAUGUUCUUAAGUGUGUUAUUGUGUUUGUGCUGGCUGGGUAGCCAGUCUUCUGCCUCCCAGUCCCCACUGUAUCACUACCUAAGGAACCGAGAGGACCAAAGCUCAUUUGAAGAGACAAAAACCUAUGCAAUAAAAAAUAU